GAGACACUCCAUCCGUGGAAUAUGAUUAGUGCUGAAGGGUUGGACAGGAACGUCACCGCUAAGCCGGAACCCGGCACACGUGCGAGACUGAGCCACAAAUGUGGCGUCCAAACCUGAUUUCCGCCCCAUAAUCACAUAGGCCUGCAAUCGUAGCAAGCAGAUGCUGUGCUCAGUGAUCCGGAUUUCUCUAACCUGGAUGGAAACUCAAGCUGAAUGUCUUGCGCGGGCAUCUAUUCGAUAAGCUGAUGGUGAUUUGUGAGGCGUGUCUGAACUAUGUCAGGGGUCCAUUGUCGAGAUGUGCGGCUGGGAUAAUUCGGGUUUUAGCCCGACGUCAUCUCUUGUAACACUUGGGCAAUUUCGCAUCAUGAUGGAAUUGUGAUGGCACGGAGAAAAUUGCAUACAGACAUUGGUCGUUGUCUUCACAUGCUGAGCUGUGAGAGGCAACCCACUAAUGUUUUCUCAACAGCUAUGCAGGUACAGCACUCAAUCACGAUCUUCGCUGGAACUUGUCAGUGGGCUUGUUUGAACGAUCGCGAUUCUACUCCGAGGGUCCUACUUCAAGUCCCUACCGGUGACGUGAUUUCGCUUAGGCGCCCCCUCACAACACAUGCAGAUCAACAAAGGGGACGACUCUACCAAUCACAACAUCACCCACCCAAAACCCCUGGCUAUCCCAACUGGGUAGUUCGAAACGUUCCCGGUUGCUCAAAGCCUGGAAGGGCGGACUCAGCCGCGCCAUGUCUUGGAUGGAAUCUCCUCACUGGACGUCAUGGCCUACUCAGCUCUCGUUGCAAAGCGGUUAAGUCGCUCGAAGGCCAUAAAGCUCGAGGUUGCCCUUCUUUGUCAAAUAAUCUCUGGAAUCAAACCAUCAUAAACCACUCUCGUCCCACAGCUUGCGCGUCACCGUCACCAAGGCUUCACAGCAGCAUCACCUCGUCGUCCCAGCUCCACUUCGAUCCACUUACUGACUAGGCUUUGGUACCCACCUUUAUAGGGCCUCGCCGAUCUCCCACCACGCAACGCUCUUGGCAUUGUCAAGAGGUAUAUCUAUUAGGGCCCAACAUCUCCACACAAUCAGAAAUCAAACCUUGCAAACCGCCAACAAUGCAAACACCAGGCGAUACUAAGCUGAACGA